AUGUCACAAAUGACGAAUGACAUCUACUGGAAGAGCUAUUUGGGUGCCUCGAUUAUGCUGUUGCGCCCAUACCAAGACUUGUUCUACUUCGAAUCACCACUGCGGCAGUGGCUUGCUCGUUUGGAAAAAGACUUUGAAGGAUUCGAUGGUUCUUCAGGCGUCCCAGAAGUCUCUGUGGUCAGUGGCGAAAAUGACAACAACACUAAUGAGAGAGGCCCUCCCAUAUACGAGAGCUCAGUGGACUCCUUGUCGCCGCCAGCACCUAUUGUUGCCGAACAGAAUACGGUUGUAGAAGCGGAACAUCUUGGGCAGAACAAAAUCGACCAUGAGAGUGUUCCGACUGACAACAACGGUGCGACUUCCGACAAAGCACAAGUGGACAUCGAGAGCAGCGAAGAUGACUCCGAUAGCGAGAAUAAUGACAUUGCUGUUCGCGAAAAAACGUUGGUGAAUUCGAUUACAGCUUUGAUUCAUCUCCGCAGCCUCAUGGAAUUCAUCGAUAAUGAAAUCAAGCCCAGGAAAGAGGAUGUGGAGAGUCCGAAGUGCAGUCACAUAAACUUUCAUGACUUAUGGCACCUAUUCAAGCCCGGCACGGAAGUCAUAGAGCAAGGCGGAAAGCAAGCCUUCGUCGUCCUCCGGGUUGAGGUUCCCGUUCACAAGAUCGAAGAGCCUUGGGGACGGUGGAGUAAGCGAUUGGACGACGACGUAGAAGAACAGGACACUAAGGAUCGAUCUCAUUUUACUCUCCAUUGCGCAUCUAUCGACUUUGAUGGAAAGAACUUUGGUCCUGUCCCAAAAGCUUUCAUCAUUCCUCCCUUCGGCGAUCUGAAGCCCGUCAUGUCCCUUCCAAUCUAUCCCGUUCGAUUCAAAGGGCCGGAGAUACGGCGAAGCCUCGUUCGAAGGGGCCGACUUCUGUUAGAAGUAGCGGACUUUAAGGCUAUGUACUACGCAGGGGCCACUCUCGACAAAGGGGACGAAAUCGACAGUCAAGUUGUCAUUGAUUUUAGCGAGGCGUUGGCAGACGAGGGGAGGUCAGCAGCAUGGAAACCUACUAUUAACCCUGUCAACACUGCCCCAGAAGAACGAAGACAUGCUUACUGCAACGCAAGUUGCUGCCGUUACCACGGAACAUGGGACGGAUACUCCACUGACUUGAAGAUGACCACGGACUAUAUCGGAUCCCUAGUGCCAGACGCUAGAGCUAGGUCCCUCAUUCUGUCACCGAGAUCUCUAGAGGAAAUACUUAGCUCCAUUGAUGAGCUUACAGAGACAGAGCUUCUCAUCAUGAGUUACAGGGUUUUCGGAUUUGUUCUCCGGAGUCGCAAAUGGGCCCAGCUUGACCUGGCUCUGCUACGAUAUGAGAACUCUGGUGCGAGGGAUCUCACUAUCGAUGCCUUCGAGCGACUCGAGUUGCCAGAAGGCCAUCGAGAGCUGGUCCAAUCUCUUGUUACGCAGCACUUUCGCAACAGACAGUCUUCGUUCACAAGGGACGCACAGACAGACCUGAUUCAAGGAAAGGAAGGAAUUGCCGAGCUUUUUCGAAAGCCUCUGUUCCAGAUUACUUGUGGGGAUUUAGGUACUACCGCCAAAGAAGUGGAGGAAGAUCUUGAGAGAAGCUUUGCACUGGCAAGUAGAUGGGGUUGCAUUCUACUCCUCGAUGAAGCAGACGUAUUCCUCGCUGCUCGUUCUAAGAAUGACUUCGCACGUAACGGAUUGGUGGCGGUUUUCCUUCGAGUGCUCGAGUAUUACACAGGCAUUCUGUUCCUCACUACUAAUCGUAUUGGUGACCUCGACGAAGCCUUUGCCUCAAGGAUACAGAUGAGUCUUCACUAUCCGGAACUUGAUGAGCUGAAGACUCUGAAAGUCUUUAGACUCCAUCUCGAUCUCAUUAAUAAAAGGUUCAAAGAUCAGGGUCGAACGAUAACGUACGAUAUCUCGUCAAUCGAGGACUUCGCCAUUCAGCAUUUUGCCGAUCAACCAUACAACCGAUGGAAUGGACGGCAAAUACGCAAUGCUUGUCACACAGCGUUAGCUCUGGCUGAGUUCGAUGCGCAAAAGAAUGGAUCAGAGAUCAACUUGGAGAUUGACAAGUCCGCCCCAGUGUCACUCCAACUCAAGUAUUUCAAGAUCGUUCAGAAAGCCUACCUCGACUUCGGCGAGUACUUGGCCGACAUUCAGGGCACAGAAGGUGACGACAGGGCAUUCCAGCAACGACUCCGUGCAAGGAAGAAUACGCCUUUUGAGAAGCAAAGCUUGUUCGACUCACGACCGUCACACCCGGCUCCAGGACAACGCCAGCGACCAGCCCCCGCCAACAGUAGACCGUCGGAUAUGUCGCCCUCAUUCAACAGAAAGGCUGAAUCGUUCCACGAUGACCAGUAUCACCACCAGAGACAAAAUUCUACUGCGGCUAGCUCACACUUGCAAGGUUACGGGAAUGCAGCUCCCUCCAGCACAACUCCAAGAGUACAGCCAGAUGCUACAGACUUCACUCAUCCAGGCUACACGUACAGAGAUGGAGCUCAAGGCAGCCCAAGUAGAGUCCCUUACCCCGGAGGCAACACGCCCCAGACGUGA